GCAGAAGAGAUCAGUCCCAAGUACUCCAAAUUUAACUACGUGUUUUUAGCUAAGUGUUAUAAAGACUUAGGCCAGAGGAGUGUUGCUCAACAGAUGUGUGACGCUGCCUCUACCAUAAGCGUCGUGACUAAAGAGGAUGAGGAGGCACAGAAGGAGCUGGACUCUCUUGUAGCAUCACUUUAAGUCAACAACAAAAUGGGGCACAAUUUGUCUGUCUUGGUGUUUUGUUGUCUUCUGGAUUCGACUAGACUGUGACUGGUUAAUCAACAAACCAACAUAUCAACUGUUAAUGGUGGUCGGGUCACAUGGUUUAUUAUGUCUUCAUUAAAAGGGAGCCGUGUUUAGUUUGUUUAACUUUA